GUGGGAGAUCUGUGUGGACACAGUUCCACAAUAUACAGGUGAUCAGAUUCAAGGUUCAGUGGAGACGCCUGUUGAGAGGAGGUACAAUAAUAUCUAUAUAAUAAUAAUCACGAUUGUCAUCAACAGUUUCCCCCCUCCCCCUAUGGUUAAUUUACACGCACGAUGUUUUGUUUUGUUUUGUUUUGUUUUGUUUCACAAUUACAAUGUUCAAGUCGAAUAAAGUUUAAGUUUAAAGGAAUCACAAGUGGUGGGAUAAUGAGAGACACAAAAUGGCGGCAGCACCGAUGUCAGUUGCUCCAGCCCACCGCCUUCAAUGACCUCAAAUCUGACUGAAUUGGUGGAUGAGACAUCCCAGGCAAGUUUCCAGCCGCUUCCAGGUGGGUGAAGGUCUUCCUCGGGUGGACUCCUCGAGUAAAUGGCCUGAAAGGACAUGAAGGAAAGCUGGUGAAGAAUGGAGAGUGCUGUGAUUCCGGCGCACAGAUCUUUUGUUUGGUCAGAUCCAGCAGAACAGGAACAUUUAAAGCAGUCUGAGACACAGCGGACAAUUACACCAUUUCCAAGAGUCCAACAUGUGAACCUGAGGAUGGACAGAGAUGAUACAUCAUGCAAUGAUUGCGUUUCAAGACACUGGAGGGAGAAAUGCAAUCAUUUUCACCCUAUAGAAGUGUGUGUCAUUAUCCAUCCAGUGUGACUUCACCCAUCCUGCCCUCUGGUGACACAGGUUGCCCUUGUUAAGUGGCUCCAGUCCCUCUCCUCGUUUACAGUAUUGUCGUCGGAUUGCAGAACCAAAGCUCACCUCAGCUCCAGUUGAAAUAUUUAAGUUCUGGGUAAAGGUCAGGAUAAAGGAAAGAAGCGUAGCGGAGAGGUUUGGAGACGGGAGCUGGCCGCCACCUGGACGGACUGACUGACGGACGGGACGGACGUAGAGACACUACAGCGCAGUUUAGGACUCUCUCAAGAUUGAGCAGCUUUUUUUUCUGGACUUUUGCCGCGAGCAGAAGGUAUGAAAUAGCAGAAAAAAAGGACGAUUUUUGAUGGGAACGUCGGAGGCAGAGGCUCUGGCUGCUCGGUAGACUUGAGAAUCCGGAGCUGCUUCUUUUUUCUUCUUCUUCUUCUUCUUCUCCACGCAACCCCCAAGCCUGCGAUGAGUUUGUGCGAUCGGCAGAAGUUGACGGACGAGCUCUGAAAAACAACAACAGUAAAAAAAUGAUCUCCAGUCUCCAUUUUCUCAGCGGACAUAACCCGAUUCUGAAAUGAUCAGCAGAGAUUGAACCCCGUCCCCCUCCACUAGCAUCGAUUGUUAAAAAAAAGAGAGAGAGACUUCUUCACACUCCUGCGAGGGGGAUCUAGCACACUUUAACUCUGAUUUUUUUCUUUCCCCCUCCUCCCCUCCCGUCGCACCGGUUUCCUUCUCCAGCUCGUCCGCUAUUUUGAUCUCUGCAUGAAAAGUCAAGCGGAAAGUCCUGCAGCAGCAUGCCGAGGAGAAAGCAGCAAGCGCCGCGGCGGUCAGUAGCUUAUGGACCUGAGGAUGAAUUUAAAGUGGAUAAAAAUGAUGAAGAGGAACAUCUGCAAGAUGACGGCCUUUCCCUGGAUGGUCAAGAUGCAGACUAUCUUUUCAAUGAUGACGAGGACGCAAGAGAUCAUUACAGCUGCCAAAACUCUCCACUCAGCAAUGGCACUAACCCAGACGCUGGGUAUGCCUCUCCGCUCAGCACCACCAGUGAUCAACUGGUGGAUCUUAAAACCACGUCCUCCUCCCGUGAUCAGGACAAGGUAAAGGAGAAGCUAGGAGAGACAGCAGAGUCCAUCAAUGGAGUCUCAUUACAGGACAGUCUGGCACAAAUGAAAGCCGUCUAUGCAAACCUGAUCUCUGAUGCCUCCUGGUCCAGCAUUGCUCUGGAUAUGCUUAAAAGCAAACAAGGGAACAAUUAUGCAGCUAGCAACGGAAAUGGGAGCAAUCACAAAGGGAACAAUGGAUUCCUGAACAGUCACAGCCCAGUCAGCAUCCAUUUGAAGAGCAGAUGUAGCACUAGCAAUGCCUCAGCCACUACUAAUAUUACCACCAGCAGCACCACCACCAGAACAGUGUCCAGCAACAGCAACAGCGGCACCAGUGUAAGCUCUGGCAGCACAGGAGGAUUAGCCUAUGACUGGCACCAGGCAGCGUUGGCCAAAACCCUACAGCAUACCCCAUACCAACUUCUUCCUGAGCCAAGUCUUUUUAGCACCGUGCAGCUUUACAGGCAAAACAAUAAGCUCUAUGGCCCUGUGUUUACAGGUGCCAGCAAGUUCAGGUGCAAGGACUGUAGUGCAGCCUAUGACACUUUGGUUGGCCUGACUGUGCAUAUGAACGAGACGGGCCACUACCGAGAUGACAACAAAGAUACCGAGGAUGACAGAAGCAAGAAGUGGUCCAAGCCCCGUAAGCGUUCUCUGAUGGAGAUGGAGGGCAAAGAAGAUGCCCAGAAAGUUCUUAAAUGCAUGUACUGCGGCCACUCCUUUGAAUCCUUGCAAGACCUCAGUGUUCACAUGAUCAAAACAAAACACUAUCAGAAAGUGCCUCUAAAAGAACCAAUGCCAGCCCUCACCUCAAAGAUUGUUCCCCCAACCAAAAAAAGAGCAUUUCAAGACUUAAUGUCCCCGAGCUCGCCAGAGUCGGUCUCAUCCGGUAUACUCCUGGGAGAGUCUCCUAAAGACCAAAAAGUGGCCAAUCCUUAUGUCACUCCAAACAAUCGUUAUGGUUACCAAAACGGUGCCAGCUACACAUGGCAGUUUGAGGCACGCAAGGCACAAAUUCUCAAAUGCAUGGAAUGUGGCAGUUCACAUGACACCUUGCAACAACUGACAGCCCAUAUGAUGGUCACAGGGCACUUUCUUAAAGUAACCAACUCAGCCUCUAAAAAGGGUAAGCAGUUGGUUUUUGAUCCUGUUGUAGAGGAGAAAAUUCAGUCAAUUCCUCUGCCACCGACUACUACACGACUCCCAGCACCCAAUGGGAAGUCACAGCCUGGCUCCCCGUUGCAACCCGCCAGUCCCAAUGAGGAAGAUGAAGAAAUGAAAGAUGAAAAGGCAGAGGAAGAAAAAACAGAAGCUGGGGAACCAGAGAAGAAAAUAAAGGAGGAGAAAGAGGACCCUCCUGAAAAAGCUGAAAAACGAAAGGCCAGGUCUUAUCAAUAUCUAAGAGAAGAGGACUUGGAAGAGGCACCUAAAGGUGGUUUGGACAUCCUAAAAUCUUUAGAGAAUACAGUUUCAAGUGCAAUCAGCAAGGCCCAAACUGGCACACCAACCUGGGGUGGAUACCCCAGUAUUCAUGCUGCUUAUCAGCUCCAUGGAUCCUUGAAGUCUAACUUGCCUUCAUGUGCACAGGUUCAACCAUUGUUCAGCAGCAACAGUUUGAAGGUACUGUCCUCUGAUUUAGGCACUCUGGUCCAUUCACCAGAUAGCCCCUCUCCACCUCCAAGUCAAAAGAGCAAUGUGCUGGCCAUGGAGGAGCUGGUUGAGAAAGUGACUGGGAAAACUUCAAUAAAGAGUGAAAAAGAGGAAAAACCUGCAGAGAAUAAGUGCAGGUCUGCAAAGUCCCCAUUGCCAAAUCCUAAAGAGAAACGGGCCUCACCGAAGCCCGAAAACCUCUCAAAGGCAGUGAAACAUACUGCAGUGGAAGUGCAAACUGAUUCGAGAAGUAAAGAAGGAGAGCAGGCAGAGAGCAAGGUAGAGUCACAGAUAAAGAGCGAAGUUGAUUCACCAAAAAGGCCUGUAAGCAAUGGUUGCAGUAACCUGAGCAUCAUCACAGAUCACUCACCUGAGCAGCCACUUGUCAACCCCCUCAGUGCUUUGCAGUCUAUCAUGAACAACCACUUGGGAAAAGCUGCAAAGGUGACCACCCCAUUCUCAGACCCCUUUGCAAUGCUCUAUAAGAUCAACAGCAACUCUGCCCAGAUGAAGUCAGCCGAGCCUGUGAUUCCAGACAGCGGUGAUGAUGAUCAGCCCAUGGACUUGACUAAAUCCAAAAACGCCAAUGGAAGUACACCCAAGGGUAUUUCUACGGCAAACAACAAUGAUAACAGCAAACAGGUUUUCAAAAGUUUCUCACAGUCUUCAUCUCCUCCUCUACGGGAGAAUGCUUUGAUGGAUAUUUCCGACAUGGUUAAAAAUCUGACUGGCCGUUUGACGCCAAAGUCGACAACCCCUUCUUCCAUAUCUGAAAAAUCAGACAUGGAUGGCUGUACUUUUGAGGACAGCUUGGAGGAGCUGUCUCCCAUCCAAAGACGGAAAGGCAGACAGUCGAACUGGAAUCCCCAGCACCUCCUGAUACUCCAAGCCCAGUUUGCCUCCAGUCUUAGGGAGACUCCUGAUGGGAAGUUUGUGAUUGCUGACUUGGGACCCCAGGAACGGGUCCACAUCUGUAAAUUCACUGGUCUCUCCAUGACUACUAUCUCACAUUGGCUGGCCAAUGUAAAAUACCAAUUAAAGCGGACAGGGAGCACAAAAUUCCUCAAAAAUAUUGACUCUGGCCAGCCUCUGUUUUUGUGCAGUGACUGUGCUUCCCAGUUCAGGACUCCCUCCUCCUACAUUCACCAUUUGGAGUCGCACCUUGGGUUUACCCUGAAGGACCUCUCAAAUCUUUCCAUAGAUUUAAUAGAUCAGCAAGCAGUGAGCAGAAUAGAGGACAAGACUUUCUCUGGACUUACAGAAGAAGACACUGGCUCAGUGUAUCAGUGCAAACUGUGUAAUCGGACAUUCAUGAGCAAACAUGCAAUUAAAUUGCACCUUUGCAAAACACAUGGAAAGUCACCAGAGGACCAUCUUAUCUUUGUGAAAGAGUUGGACAAACAAUGAAGUUAAAAGCUGAUAGCAUGACAGAUUACUGUUGCACUAUUAUUCUAAGCUACAAUCUGUCAUAACAGAUAGUGCCACAACUGUAUUAAGCAUUGUUAUGACACACAUUGUAACGAAAAAACAUGGUAGCUUUAAUACCACAUACUGUAAUUAUUCAGUUAUCCAUAAAUGACAGGGCCUUGCAUUGCAGAGGCUCAAAGCUGCAUUGUAAAAGUUGAGUUUUUGGUGACAUAAUCGUACCAAAUUGGUGCAGCAGCCAUGGCACUAUGUAGUCACUGACUGAUUGUUGCUUUCCUAAUGCACUGCAUCUUAUCUGAGCCUUUGGGAAAUGUCCAUCUGUUGUUUUAAAACUGGACCAUGCUCUUAUUUUGAUCACUGUUUUUGAAUGAUUUUUUUUUUUUUUUUGAGAUAAAUAUAUUUCAACACAACUUGCAUAUUAUUUAUGGACAGUCUGUGCAUGUUUCUAUGUAAAACAGUGAGCAUAUUGUGUCUAAUGAAAUUUCAACCACGAUGAGAAAACUAAUCCCUGUUCAACAAAUUGUGGAUAUAGAUGUUUAUAUGAAGGUAUAUGGUUAUAAAAGUAGCCAUGUGAAUGAUGAUGUUAAGAUAAUUUCAGCACUUUAAGGAAGUGUAAAUUGAUGAAGAAGUGUAGGGUUAAAAAUGACAACGCAUCACCCUUUUCAGUUUUUAUUCCCUUGAUCAAAAUGGAAAUUUAGGGGACUAACUAUUAUAUUGUUUUUGUAUUUGCCAUUGAAUCACAGAAAUUCUUACAAACUGUUAUUCGUUUCUCUAGUAACAUAUAAGUUCCUGGUUGUUUCAACAUGUACAGUAUUUGCGUUAGUAGGCUACCAAUUUUAUUAUUGUGAAGCUGCAGUUGUAAAAUUAAUGAAGUUUAAAACUUAUUGUAUGAAUAAUCAGCAAGUAUGUAUACAUGUAUGUCAGCAUAUCUUGCUCUUUACAGUUCAACAUUAUUUGUACUGUGUGCAUUUUUAUAAUGUUAUUUUCUAGACAAAUACGGGGGGAAAAUGUAUAAAACUACAGAAUAUUGUCGGACCACAACGUCCUUUUUCAGUGAAGAGUAGGUCCUUUAAUGCGGUUUACAUAAAAUGACAGAACUUUACUGGCAUCUGCUCCGAUGCAUGGUACUGUACAUAACUUUAAAAAGAAAUAAAUUGUCACCCAAUUAAUAGAUUUCCAGGUUUUAUCAUCGACUUAAUAUUCAGAAUGGCAUUCUUUUAUCCUCAGUUGUAAAAUAAACUCCAUGUCCUGGAUUGAACUGGUGUUUGUUUGAGUGAUUUUGGGCGAGUGUGAAAUAGUGUCAGACUGUACAAAGACUGAACUUGGAAGACGAUAUGUAUUCAGUUCACCCUUGUCAGUAUUGCUUCAAUUUUUUUUUGUUCUGUUGUCUUUCAUCAAAUGUACAUUUGCAGGUUU